AUGCGGGAUUCCUCGACAGACGCUUCUUUCCUACGUGCACAUCCUCCGUCGGCAUUUCAUGCGCAUUGGUCCUCUGCUCUCGGCAGGGUCGAUACGAAGAAUGCGUUGACUAGCGCUGCUUCCUCCUUCAGCGCUUCUCCUUCAACUUCAUGUCUAUCACCUGCACCCUAUACUUCGGCUCCUUCAGCCAACAAUUCCAUCCAUCUUGAUGGUACAACAAGCUCCUCUCGAUCCCCAAAUCUGUCAGCCUCAGCUGAACCAUACCGCACUACUGGUUUCUCCGUCUCAUCUCCCCGCAGCGGUUCUGACAAGCAUCGAACCCAAAGUCUCGCAUCAGAGGCCGGUUCCUCCUUUACCUCCCGGAUAUCGUCUUCUUCCCUGAACAGGGCAUCGGCCGACUACCAAGGCCACUGCGCCUUUUUCGACGAUUACCAAUCUCCUGACUCAUACGACGACGCUAGCAGGAAGCCAGCUGCAGCUGUCUUUGGUCUUGGACCGUUGCGUCUCAACUCGUCCAGCACAUGCCUGGACGACAACGACGACGACGUCGACGAAGAAGAUCUGAAAGAUCUCGGCGCUCUCAAAUUCUCAAGAUCGAUCAGAAUGAACCUCGAAGCGCUUACACGCAGCAACACAGACCAUCCCACAUACCGCGCCGAUGGCUACUCGGAUCCCAACGAGCACUUGGAAGUCAAGGCAGUCAACGAGUUGCACCAGGAUCUAUCCAUUGAAGACUCCUAUGCGCAGCUGAUCUCGAGACUCGCCUCUGCGGAAACAACGCACCCCGCUUCUCACGCCAAUGCCCUUCAAUACCGGCAGCCAACAACACCUAGGACCUUCUCGUUGAAGGACUCGCCGCAGGCCGCUAGUCUUCUUUCGGGCACGAGCUCCAGCGAUGCACACGAGGACGAGCUCAGAACACCUCCUGAGCCCGGCUUCGACCGCUUCGAGUCGUCUCCAGAAGAUGAUCGGCGCCACGAACCUUCUGCUCAGCCAUCCGAGCGGUCUUUGGAUCAUCCGUCACUGCCAGUCCAUGCGUCAUCGACGACAUCUAUGGUCUCGUCUCCAUCAGCUUUCCGGUUGGAUUCUCCUUUCAAACCAUCUCAAACGCAUCUGCUGCAGAAUCAAGGCUCUCAAGAUCGUGUUUACCCACAAGCUUCCCAUGGCCGCUGCGACGUCGGCAACAGCUCCGAGCUCGAACUCUUGAGCGACGACGUCAAUGACCAGCGUCGCGCGGCCGGAAAGGCGAGGGCGAUGCCUUGGCACAUCGAGUCUUCCCCCUCUUCCGAAUCCAGUCAUCGUAGCGACAAGCGCCCCUCGUUGAACUACCCUGUCAUCGAUGUUGAGAGCAACAAGCCUUUCACUCGACUUGGACCGCAAGAUAUCGCUUUCAGCGCUUCUACGCUCCCAGAGCGCGGUCUCACUGCCGCAGACUGCAUCGAGAUGGUUGUAUCGCGCUACCCAUCCAUCUGCGAUGCUCCUCUGCGUGAGUUUGGCGAAGACGGUCAGCCCUUGCCGCCUACCAAGAAGCAAGAGACGAGCGAGGAGGAGCGUCAGGCACGACGCGAAGCGCUCCAGGUGAAAUUCUGUGCAAAGCAACGCCUCUCGCUCAUCAAGGCCAUGGUUGUCAUGGAAUCGCGUACCGCAUCGUGGAAGCGCCUUGGCCCUCUCAAUGCUAGCAACAAGCUUGUUCAUACAGUGUUGAACCCGUCACAGCAGGAUCCCUCUGCUCCUUCAUCGCAUGGAAUUGGACGUCUCCCGCCCAUGCCAAGUCCAUGGUCGAUGGAAAUCCAACACGAACAGCUCGACGUUGCGCAGAUCAAAGGCAAGUCGAAAAAGACCAUCGAGCUCACUUCGCUUCGCACAAAUGCCCACUGUGUCAAGUGCGACGGCAGUGGACUUGGCGCCUGCAUCACUUGCAAGGCGGAGAAAGCAGACGAGUGUUUCUGGUGCUGCGGUACAGGUCGUGAAAAGACGCGUGCACAAGCCUGGUGUCGUCGUUGCCAAGGUGCUGGUGUGCUUAAAUGCAACACUUGCCAUGGCAGCCUAAAGUCCAGCUGCCGUGCAUGCGAAGGCACUGGCACCGGAGAGUAUGGCUUCUUUGUCGAGGUGACCGUCAAGCGCGUCGAGAUGCCUUCCGUACCCGUCUCGACUCUGUUCCCGCAGAUGGACUCUGCCUCGACCUCGUUCGAGCCUUCAUACGACGAGGUCAAGGCAGCAGCGACGCUUGCAUUGUGGGACUCGAUCACCAAGCUGACCGAGGCUCGUGCAGUGGCUGUGAUGGCCAAGGGCAGCAAGUCCAAGAGCAAGGAGAUGGUGCCGGUCAUGGCGGCGUGCAUGUGGGAGAACUCAAUUACUCACGUGGUGGCGGUCGACAUUCCACUUGCAGCCAAGUUCAAGAAGGGUGCGACUCCGGCCUUGAGGCCAGAGGGUCUUCACCGAAAGAUCCCGACGCAGAGAAGGUUCUUCACCGUGCCCAACGACGAGGACCUUCGAUCGGUCGAGCUGUCGGAAGACGAGGUGAAGAAACUCGGUGCUCCCCAGCCCAGCAACCGACAUGUGUACCAGAGCCGCAGCCACUUCAACUCAGCGUCGCAAUCGCCAAGCUAUGACGUCUCGCCGGCAGCUAGCACUGUCGAUCUGGGUGGCCGGCCACUGCUUGCCACUCCUAAGUCAGGUGGCGGUGUGUCUGGCUACUCGACACCGUCGCGUGUGCCCAGCCCACGCUCCGAGGUGACGCCCGCUAAACCGGCAGCCAAAGAGUUUGUCCAUCGCCCAAGCCCUCUGUCGCAACUCGCCACGGCUACACCUGCAGGGUCCCCUCCAGUGCUUGAGCACCCGGCUGAGGUAAGUGAGCCCUACUUCGGCAAUCAAGCGCCGGUGUCUGCAGAACAUCACAGUGAACACCAGGGCUUGCAGCCUGCUUUGCAACUCCAGUCGAGAAGACCUUCGGCAGGCCACGUUCUCUCCAAGAAGCUUAGCUCCAACCUUCUCAACAAACUCGGUGCUCAGCGUGGCAGCUUUUAA